AACACAAGCAGCUAUCUGCCGUUAUUAGAUUGGUCAUUGCUGCAAUAGUGGUAUACGCAUGUAUUGUGUGUACUAUGUGCUUACCUCAGUUUCUCGUCGUGACGUCGUUGAUCCAAUCUUCAAUAUUUUAGCUCGGUGAUGUGAUACAAGUUGACACUGAGCCUGCUGAACAGUGAUAUUGGUCAAUUGGUCCGUGAUGAGAAAAAAAUUGGUGUACUUUAUGAUCGGAAAAAGAUAACCAGUGCGCAUUCCGUACGACGAACAUGGUUGGGAACGAUAUUUAAUUAAGUGUACAUACAUAUAACCAUUGAUAAACGUCAGUUACGAAGGCCGUGUGGUAAAAUGGCCGAAGGACACAAUUCACGACUGCACAGUACCGACAGUUUAUACAAAUUGAGUGUUUCUGUGGUUGCUGAAAAAUUUACAAUCUGCAAAGAAUAUGUCCCCUAUCUUCCGGAGAACGUAUUGUUUGACCUCUAUUAUCAGUUAUGGAAAGAAAAACGGCUAUGCUUACUCGGCACAGAACUCUGCCACCUAAAAACUUUUGCCAGAAUCCUAAAGGUCACAAAUCGGCGAAUUCAUCUACUGCAGAUUUUUCAGACCCUCAUGGAUCAUGAUAUAGGGAUCAAUAAGGAGCUGGUAAUAAAGUACGAGUUAUAUUGCUUGUGCAGUAAAGACGAUCCAACACUAAGCAACAAAAUAAUCAACUUAGGACUUACUUUGGGAGGUUUCCUAAGCGACGCUGGCUGGUAUUUGGAAAGUCAAAAAGUUUUGUUGGCUUGUAAGAAACUAUGUAUUAAUUCUCGGCAAAAUCCUAAAAACUGGUGCCUUACCUUGGACUGCUGUUAUAAAUUGUUACAUGCACAAGCAACCUACUGCGAAUUUCGUGGAGCAGCGGAGACACGCGAAUUAGCUGUCAAGGUAGUCGCUAAGCUGAAGGAAGCAGGGUACGAUGGAGUAAAUCACGCUGCCCUUUAUGCAGAGUUUAGCGUUCUCUUUUUCAAUCGGAGUGAAUACGAUCAAGCAUACAGGUGGAGUAUGGAGGCUUUGAAGGAAUUAACGCCAACGCUUCCGGCACGUUUUACUAUCGAUGUUUUGAGGCAAGCUGCCAAAUCCUGUGUGGUAAAACGUGAGUUUCAGAAAGCUGGUAUUCUGAUCAAACAAGCUGUAUACCUUGCUAGAGAACUAUUUAGUGGCAAUCAUCCAAAGUACAGCGAUGUUCUAACAGAUUACGGAUUUUACUUAUUGAAUUAUGACAACGUUAUUAGCAGCGUAUCUGUCCAAAAGACUGCUCUCGAGAUUAAAAAAUUUAUAUUUGGAAAAACAAAUCUACUUGUUGCAAUUGCAUAUGAAGAUCUGGCUUACGCACUAUACGUUCACGAAUACAGUUCCGGAAAAUUUGAGCAAGCUUGUGAUCAUGCUGUCAAUGCAAUUAACAUUAUGGAAAAGCUAUUACCUACUGAACACUUGAUGUUGGCAAGUGCGAAAAGAGUAAAAGCACUAAUUUUAGAAGAAAUAGCACUAGAUAACAGACCAAACGUCAUUUCUGAUCAAGAACUCCUACUACAAUCAGAGUCUCUGCAUUUGUCUGCCCUCCAAUUGGCAAAAACUGCCUUUGGAGAGAGAAAUGUACAAACAGCUAAACACUACGGCAACUUGGGAAGGUUGUAUCAAAGUAUGAGAAAAUUUAAGGAAGCGGAAGCAAUGCAUCUCAAAGCAAUUAGCAUCAAAGAAGAGUUGUUAGGUUCCGACGACUAUGAAGUUGGACUGAGCAUAGGACAUUUAGCCUCACUGUACAAUUUCCAUAUGAACCGAUACGAAGAUGCUGAGAAACUAUAUCAACGUAGCAUAGCUAUUAGUCUAAAACUGUUCGGGAAAAGCUAUAGUGGACUUGAGUAUGAUUAUCGCGGACUGCUGCACGUGUAUACAAAGUUGAAUGAAUUCCAAAAGGAACUGGAAUAUAUACACAUCUUUGAUAAUUGGAAGGAUUUGAGAGAUCAUCACGCUCGGCAUGAAGACCCGCCUAUUGACCUGCAAAAAAGACCUCAGCCAAUUAGGGAAGUGAUCCAGGCAGUUUUCUCGCUGUGAUCCCGGUACUCGGUGUCCAGACUUGAUAAUUAUUUGCCCAAUUAACCAUAGUCUGGAGCAGGGUACGAUUCAGGCCAAAGCAGAAUUUGUGAAAUGUUGCACUACAAAUAGGUUUUGAACAGUUAUUGUUGAAAAGAGCACAUUUCAUUAUACAAGAGUUAGACCAUUUUUUUUUCAAAAAUUUCAUGUCUUUAUUUAUUUAUUCAAUUCUCAUGUUAAUAGAUUGUGCUUAGUGUAAACUAAUUUUUUUCUUCUUUUUUUCAUUGCGAGUGAACGUAAAUGAAAUUAUUUGAUGAAAAAUUUUCGAAAUAAUACUGGAAUGACUCUUGUAUUUCUCACAAAUAUAGAAUAAUGAAUAUUUUAUUUUCUGACCUAUGAUUACAAAUAGCCAAUUAGCAAAUUUUUAUUAUACUUGAUUAUUACAAAUGUUUUACAUUUUAGCUUUGUUUUCAAGACGUUCGCAAGCAGCUUGCUCAAUAUUUUAUUUAAAAUCAUUUACCUGUAUAUAGCAAACAAUAGAUACAUAUAUUCACUAGCUCGAGCAUCAAAACCGAAUUGGCAGUUGAAUUGAAAUGGUAGCUGAUUUUAAUAUUAAAUAUAGGUAUGGUACAUGAACAAAUGACUAUUAUGUUGUGUUUGAAUACAUUCCGUUACAAGCAUCAUGGAACAGUUCUAUGCAAUUCACAAAAUACACAAGUUCCUACUUCAUAUUUUUUUUUCUUCUCUGCGCAGGUUAUUUUACAUGGACACGUAAAUAUGUUACGAUAAAAAACGAGUUUAUUUUGGAAUUCAUAUUUAGUUUAUAACGUUUUUUCUUCAUUCGGUGGAAACUUGUUUUACAUUACUAUUAAAAAUAUCUAUCUACUCUGAAUGUUUCGAUGUUGAAGAUUAAGCUUUUCAAUUUUAUCAUGUAUAGUUUUUCAAAACUCCCACAUGUGGUAUAAAAUGUUUCGAUCGUUAUAUUUAUACUUUUAAUAAGUUUAUAAUUAUGUUUAUCAUUUGUUAAAAUUUUAUCCAGAAACUUACCAUCUACUAUGAUCCUGCUAGUUUUGCUAUGCAACAUUUAAAUGAUCGAUGAAUAUGCUUCUCUGAGACCCGUAUACCAAUUAACAAAUUAUUGGUUUCAAGACUCGGUUAAAAAAAACCCUAGUCAAUUUUACAUUUUAUUUACCUUUUUUUGUGUGAAUGCAGGUGUUUUUAAAAUACCUACAACAAAAUAGCUUUCAUCAUUGCAACAUAUUAAAUUCAUAUCUUUUGUAUAAUGCAUUUUAAUGUGGUUUUCUAAUGUUGUUUCAUCUUCUAGUAUAUUUGGAUAGCCAUUGAAUUAGUUUAAGUAUGGCCUUUUGUUUAUAGUUUCUUCUCUAUUUACUUACUCCUUUUCUUUCACAGAUUCAAUUCUGUAUCUGCGUAGCUUAUACAUAUUAUUUAUGAAGAAAAACAAAUGAUUCGUAAAGCAUUUAAUGAUUGUGUCUAAAUAUACAUACUAAAGAAGCAGUUAUAAUUUUAUGACAGACAAAACCAUAGCAGUUUGAAUGUAAUUUUACAUAAUGCCUCUGGCUUCAUACUAAUAAUGAAAGCACCAUUUAAUAGUAAGUAACAUUGAAAUAAAGGUCGAAAGAUAAUUGUAUUAUUUAGUUUUGAUAACGGAUGCUUAAUCUAUAGGUUCUAUCUGCUUAAAAAAAAAAACAACAAAAAAACAA